ACGAAGUGAAAGAGAAUGGGCUGGAAAGAAUGGAGGGUAUAAAGGGAGUCACUUAGCAAGUGAAGUACUCCUCCAGUUCACUCCUGAGAGAAGCCUCCUCUUUCAACACGAUGCUCAAGGAAACAUGGCUGAAUAAUAACAUGCACCAGUUUUGGAGUUAGACCAAGAGGAAUUUGUGUCCCCAAGUCCACUAUUUAAGAACUUAGUAAUGUCACCUUUACUCAUCUGGGUCUCCUCACCUGCAAAUCUGUCACAGAAAGCUUUGCCAGAGUGAUCCAUGGCUUGACAGUGGAGCACCUGACCGACCAUGUUAUUCAGAGAAGUAAGAGAAUGAUUCUGGAUACUCUGGGUGUUGGCUUCCUGGGAACCAACACAGAAGUGUUUCACAAAGCCAGCGAAUACAGUAAGAUCUAUAGUUCCAAUGUGGCCAGCACUGUUUGGGGUCAGCCAGACUUAAGGCUCCCGCCGACAUAUGCUGCUUUUGUGAACGGUGUGGCUAUUCACUCAAUGGAUUUUGAUGACACAUGGCAUCCUGCCACCCAUCCUUCUGGAGCAGUCCUUCCUGUCCUGGUGGCUUUAUCAGAAGCUCUGCCUCCAAGUCCAAAGUGUUCUGGACUUGAUCUGCUCUUGGCUUUCAAUGUUGGGAUUGAAGUACAAGGCCAAUUACUGCGUUUCUCCAAGGAAGCCAGUGACAUACCAAAGAGAUUCCAUCCCCCGUCGGUGGUAGGAACCUUGGGUAGUGCUGCUGCCGCAUCCAAGUUUUUAGGGCUCAGCAUGACGAAGUGCCGAGAGGCCCUGGCCAUCGCUGUUUCCCACGCUGGGGCUCCCAUAGCAAAUGCUGCCACUCAGACCAAGCCUCUUCAUAUCGGCAAUGCUGCCCGGCUCGGGAUGGAAGCUGCUUUUCUGGCAAUGCUGGGUCUCCAAGGAAACAAGCAAGUCUUGGACAUGCAGACAGGGUUUGGGGCCUUCUAUGCCAACUAUUCCCCAACAGUUCUUCCAAACCUAGAUGCCCACACUUGGCUGCUUGACCAGCAGGAUGUGGCCUUCAAGCGGUUCCCUGCACAUCUGGCCACCCACUGGGUGGCAGAUGCAGCUGCAUCUGUGAGAAAGCACCUUGUAACAGACAGAGCCCUGCUUCCAAUUGACCGCAUUGCGCGAAUUCUGCUCAGAAUCCCAGAUGUCCAGUAUGUAAACAGGCCCUUCCCAGACUCAGAGCAUGAAGCUCGUCACUCCUUCCAGUAUGUGGCCUGUGCCACACUGCUCGAUGGUGGCAUCACUGUCCCAUCAUUCCACAAAUGCCAGAUCAACAGGUCACAGGUGAGAGAGUUGCUCAGUAAGGUAGAGCUGGAGCACCCUCAGGACAACCUGCCAAGCUUCAACACACUAUACUGUGAGAUGAGUGUCACUCUCAAUGAUGGAACUACCUUCACAGAGCGUUCUGAUACCUUUUACGGCCACUGGAGGAAGCCAUUGAGCCAGGAGGACCUACAGCAGAAGUUCAGAGACAAUGCCUCUAGCGUGCUGUCCUGUGACACAGUAGAAAGACUUACAGAGAUAGUAGAGAAUCUAGAAGACCUAGAAGAUUGUUCUGUACUAAUCACUCUUCUGAAAGGAUCCACUUCACCAGAGUUGGUUUCGAAAUCUAUCUAGCAUCUAACAGUUCCAUCAGACUAUCCUCUCCUGAGGCUUAUCCACAUCUAAGUGACUUUAUAUGGGGGAAAAAUCAGUGAUUUGCUUUAUAGAGCAAGGGUUUACUGUCAGUCUGUCAAGGAAUAAGUGAAGCAAGGUGGAGAAAGUCUAGAAACAGAAUUGGGUUUUUAUGGAAGGAGUCUUUUUCUACAAACUCUGCAAGACAGUUCCCAUUACCUAAGGAAAAAUAAUAAACAUGCACGAAACACAGAGAAAUUGAUUUUAUAAGCAUUCAUAAGGCUGAAAUUCAAAUCACCUGUGAUUUGCUUAUGAAGUUAAUCUUUACAGAGGAGUUCUUUAAGUACUUCAUGAACCUUAAGGUGUGGGAGGAAUUUCAGCCUACCUGUAAGUUUGCUGACCGUGGACAAGGGUUCUCCAGCCUAUUGUGCUAGCAACACAUUUCUUAAAACAUGGGAUUUUAUGAGCCCUCCACAGUGGAAGGGGUACUGUUGGGUUUAAAUAUAAGGAAUUAGUGGGUAGAAAUCCUGCUCCUGUAACUUACUAGAUGUGACCCUAGGCACACUACUGGGUAGCCCUCUGUCUCCAUUUAAAACAGAAAUAAAAAACAGCACAAAAAGCAAAACAGUUUGGCUCUGGAAGCCAUGGUACUAGUCACUACAAUGUAUUGCCUUUUGAUACAAAAAAAUAUUUUGAGAAAAAGAUCAUGGAUGAAGAGUUUGACAUGUAAUAAAGAAUGACAGCAAAAAAUAUGUGGGUAAUUAAACAACUGUUGAUUUUUUUAUAUGAUAAAGAUGUCUUAUGGAAUUAAAAAUUGCAACUUUAGUAACAUAGAUAAGUAGGGAGUUCCUAUAAUUAAUGUACUCUAAAUUCCUUAUGUCAUUCAAGGACAGGGCGAAGCUAUUAACUACGGAGUUUGAUUUGUAAGUAUGGAUGCUGACAUUUCCAGGGUAACCACUGUAAGACAGCAGUAGAACAGACCACUUCCAGGUUAACAAAGAGAAAAAUAUGGAAUUAGGAAAAAAGAAAAUAAACCAAAGGAAGGCAAGAAAGAAAAGAAAUAUUUGAAAAGGUAAAACAUAUAGAAAGCACAAUAUAAAAUGAUAGGAAUAAAAUCCAAAUAUGUCUGUAAUUACAAAAAGAAUCCUCCAGUUAAAAAAUACAGAGACUAUGUAUACAUUAAAAACAAAUCUUUAACAAGUUUAUUAGCAUCUGUUUUACAAGCCAUUAACUCACCUAUUUUGUGUCUAGUUUAGUAAAUUUCUAGAGUUGUACAAACAUCACCACAAUCCAGUUUUGGAGAACUUUUUUUAUUUUCUUAAAGAUUUUAUUUUAAUUUUUAAAAAUUGUUAUUUUUAAGUAAUUUUAUGUAAUCAAACCCAUAACUCUGAGAUCAAGAGUCACAUGUUCUACCAACUGAGGGAGCCAGAGCCCUGGGCUACUUCUAUAAGCCAGAAACAAAGACACAAACAGAACCUUCCUGAUGGUCUGCAACCAAUCUCUCUUCCCACCUCCAGCCCUCAGCAGCCAAUGAUCCAUUUUCUAUCUGUAUGGUUGUGUCUUCUCCAGACAUUUCAUAUAAAUGGAAUCAUACAUCAUA